AUGCCGUCUGAGGGAAUUGCUGCGUAUAACACUGCUCCUGGUUCUUCAUCUUCUGAUGAUGAGAUUGAACCUGAUAUUGAUGAUGGAGGUCCUUUUGUGACGCCAUUUUAUCACAUGGUUGAUUGCAAAAAGAUUGUCAACUAUGCGACAUCUGCAAUGAAAAUGCUCGGUGAAAAUAUGGGCAAAGAAAUUGUCUCAAGGAGGUGUUGCAUGCAAGGAAAGAAGAAGUCGAUGGCAAGGUCUUUUACAUUUUAUUGUUGA